UCCAUGGAGAGAUGAAGAUUUCCUGUUUUCAAACCCGGGGCGACAAUAACACGGACCAAGUUGAUUGUACAUUUCUUUUUAAUGUUUCAUUAAGACACACAACGCCGUUGUUACAACGGGAAAGAAAACACAAAACGAGAUAAAGAUUGGGAGGUAUUGCCUUAAAACGAUUUGAUGAGACAUGCCUUACCUCCACGGCUUUCGAAGGAUCAUAUAUGAGUAUCAACCAUUGGUGGAUGCUAUCACGAGUGUGGUCGGACUGGAAGAAGGAGACAGUGGUCACGAGAGCAGACGUCCAGAAGAUGAGACACGUCUGUGCAGUUCUUUAAUGGAGCUGCUGGAACGAGAGUCCCAUUCUGAAGUGUUUAUGAACGGCAUCAGCUAUGCUCUGUUUAAAAUGGCUGAGCGGGGACAGGUGGAGGCUGCUGAAGUCCUUCUACAGUACGGAGCAGAUCUUAAUUUUGAAGAUCCAGUGUCGUUCUACAGUCCCCUGCAUAUAGCGGUUCUGAGAAACAGACCAAACAUGGUGAAAUUGCUCGUCGAGCACAAAGCUCAAAUUGAACAAAGAGACAGGAUUCAUGAGAGCAGCCCCUUGGAUCUUGCCAGUGAGGACUCGGACCGUUUGCCCUGCCUGCUUGCGUUGCUUGACCUGGGUGCCGAUGUGAACGCAGGCGAUAAACGAGGAAAAACCCCUUUGCUUCAUGCCUUGGCAAGCAGUGAUGGGUUCACUGUGAACAACACAGAGAACAUCCAGCUUCUCCUUCAGAGAGGUGCUGACGUCCAAGCUGUUACUGAAGAUGGUGAAACAGUUGCGUCCUUGUUGGUGUUUCUGGUCAAGGAGGCAUUUGACGCCAAUGCUGAGGAAGCUGCUGAGAUGGGAAAAUUCUGCCUAAAAACCAUGCAGUUACUGCUGGCCCAUGGCGUGGACCCUAGCUGUGACGUGAAUGACAGCGAGUCCUCCCUGACCCAAACAAGCCUGGAGCACUUUGACUUGCUUUUCCCCUUGGCCGUGCUCAUAGUUCAGAGCGGAGCCUCUUUAUUUUGUGCCCACAGUGACUCCUGCUGGAACGCUUCCACAAUUAUUUUCCAGCGGCUUCAGACAGCCCUGCGGCAGUGCUCGGAUCCAAAUUAUGCCUCUGAGCUCCUUGAGCAAGCUGAGAUUUUGCUGGAUCUAGUGAAAGUAAACUACCCCACAGUGAGCCUGCAUUCCAGGCUGGGACCUCUUACACUUGGACAAGGCCCUCACCCAUAUGCUCAAGAGCUACAAAAUCUACACAGCCGAGUAGUCAUGCAUGAUACUUCCCCUGCUGCUCUCAAGUGCCUUUGCAGGGCGUUGAUUAGGGGCCACCUCCAGCCCUGGCCAUUGGAAGAAAAAAUCAAUGCUUUGCCGCUACCAGACAGACUGAAAGGAUUCCUUCUUCCUGAGCGUACAUAUAAGCCAAAGCCUGGUUGGGACUGUUUUAAGCCCCAGCAAAGACAGCUCUGAUCGUCUGCUAUGUCCCAAUUCUUUUUAAGUACUUUACAGAACAUGCAUAAAUCAACUACAACAGAAAACCUACAAACGAUUGAGGCAUGCUGUGCAGAUCUAAUCAUCUGUGCUUUUCAUUUUGUUUUUUUUAUUUGUUAACUUCAAGACCCAAAACACAAAUUUGAUUGCAGCAUGACAUUUGUGACGCGGUGAGACGUUCAAAACGUUCUGAUGUGAGGCUGCGUCAGGAGUACUGCAAAUCUUUGUAAUUGUCACUAGAUGGCAGUAUUUCUCUUUGAGGGAUUUACACUGCAGCCUCUUAAAAGUUGUUCUAACAGUUGCAUUGACUUAGCUCCCCAAAGUGGUUGUGAUGUGAUUUUUUUUCUUCCCACUUGGAAUAAAGUUUGACUAAUAAAAAGAAAAAGACUGGUGAAAAAGAA